AUGGUUAAUACCAGAUCUUCUACUUCGCAAUCACAAGAAGAUGCUCCCAAUGUUGAAACCCUUGCGCAACAACUAUCUGAUAUUGCAUCAAAAUUAAACACAAUUGAUUCAUUGGCAGCAGAUGUUGCUUCACUGAAAGUUCAGACCAGUCACAUCCAACAAGAGGAAACCAGUUAUCGAACUCGUAACAGAGGGAAAAGUGCAAAUGUUUGGCUAGAAGAGGAAGAAGACAUCGGUAAUACAGGAUGGCCAAGAAAUCCUCACCGGAGGCCAUACACGAAGAUGGACUUUCCCAGAUUUGAAGGAGGAGACCCUAGGGGUUGGAUUUUGAAGGCAGAAAAAUAUUUCUGCUACUAUCAAACUCCAGAUGAACACAAAGUUGACAUUGCUGCUAUGUAUUUGGAAGGUGAUGCGCUUGAUCUCUUCUCUUGGAUCAAUCGUGAACGAACUUUGCUCUAUUGGGAAGAACUUAUUAAAGCAUUGCAAGAAAAUUAUGGACCUGCAGAGUUUCAAAAUCCGGACGAGCAUCUGUGUAGCAUCCACCAAACUGGUUCAAUACAGGAGUACCGUCAAGAAUUUACAAAACGUUCAUCUAGAGUCACAGACUGGCCAGAUCACUGUCUUUCGGGGGUUUUCAUGAAUGGGCUUAAAGAAGAACUCAAAUCAGAUGUGAGAAUUCAUAAGCCUAGAACUGUUUAUAAAGCCAUGAGCCUUGCAAUGGAAUUUGAGAAAAAAGUUAGUUCUAAUCGUGGGCAUAAGUCUCGAUGGUCAAAUCUAUCACGAUCCAACACAAUCCAAACUGGUUCUGCACGUGAUGUUCCUUACCAAUCAGUAGGCAACCAACACGUAUCACGAACCAAUUCAAAUUCUGCACAAAUGUCUCCUCGUCCUUUUCCGAAUCGUGCUUGGGAGAUAGAGAAGCAGAAUCGCAUAGCCAAAGGACUCUGUUUUAGGUGUAAUGAAAAAUUUGCACCAGGUCACCGUUGCAAGACAGCAUCUCUCACUCUUAUGGAGGCAAAUGACAACAUUGAAGGUGGUGAAUCUGGAGAACAAAUGUCAAGUGACAUUAUUGAUAAUGAUGCAGGUAACACAACAGGCACAACAAUGAAACUUCAAGGAACCUUAAAUGGACGCAAGGUGCUGCUUCUGGUUGAUAGUGGGUCAUCCCACAAUUUUAUCUCGGAAAAAAUUGUUGAAGAAUUACAGUUACCCGCUCAAGUUGUGCCUUAUUUUGGAGUUCAGAUUGGCAAUGGAGAUAUUAUACGUUGCAACCGUUUGUGCCAAAAUCUUAUUGUGAAAUUCCCUGGAUUAACUAUUGAUCAAGAUUUUUAUCCUUUCUCUGUUGGAGGAGCAGAUUUGGUGCUUGGAAUUAAGUGGCUUGCUUCUUUAAAUACAGUUCAAGCAAAUUGGAAUGAGAUGUUUUUGAUUUUUAAUUUAAAUGGGAAGCGAUAUAAACUUCAAGGGGUUCCACAAGAAUCAAAUGCACCAGUUGCUUUUCAGUAUUUCUCCAAGGAGGCUGAUACUUCAGGUAAUUCUCUACCUAUUGAUAUUCAAAGCUUGCUUCAUAAGUUUGAAUCAAUUUUUGAAGAACCCAAUGCCCUACCACCUUUUCGUCAACACAUUCAUUCUAUCCCUUUGAUUCCUAACUCAAGACCACCCAACAUCCGUCCGUAUCGUUAUCCGUAUUUCCAAAAAUCAGAAAUUGAAAAACAAGUUUCUGAAUUACUCCAAAAGGGUUUUAUAAGGUCAAGUACCAGUCCAUUUGCUAGCCCUGUCCUUCUCGUCAAGAAAAAAGACAAUACAUGGCGUAUGUGCAUUGAUUAUAGAGGUCUCAACCAAAUCACUAUUCCAGAUAAGUACCCUAUUCCAAAUAUUGAUGAGCUUUUGGACGAAUUGCAUGGAGAAACUAUUUUUUCGAAGAUUGAUUUGCAUUCUGGUUACCACUAG